AUGCCGCCCCCCAUGCCCAAUCCCACCAAGCGGAUGACCGCCAACCCAGCGCGGCCCGUUGCAAGGUAUCGUCCCGGCAAACCAGUUGCGGGCCAAGAGUCGUCUGACGAAGAAGAAGAAUCCGAGGAGGAACAGCAGCAGCAGCAGCAACAACAACAACAACAACAACAACAACAACAACAACAACGCCGCCCUCAGCCACAGCGGAAGCCCCAAACAAUGCCUCAACCCAGACGGCCGCAGACCGCGGUACAGGAAGAAAGCGAAGAUGAAGACGAGGACGAGGAAGGCUUCGUUACGGAACCGGAAGACGAAGAUGAAGGCACAAGUGCCACGGUACCACCGCAGACCUCGGCAAAGCCUACGUCAGCGCAGUCCAGGAAUGUACCUGUGAAGCGGGAAGAACCACGGCCAGAGUCUGAAGGAGACGAAUCGGAAGAGGAGUCUGAAGAAUCUGAAGAAGAAGAGGAAAGCUCCUCCGAGGAGGAAGAGCCGCGACAGAAAUUCCAACGACCUACAUUCAUCAAGAAGACCGAACGGAAGCAAACACCUGGAGACGGAUUCCCGCAAGCAGCAGGCACCGGCCCUGGCAAUGCAGCUGACGCGGACGCCCAACUGGACGAACAAUCACGGCGUCGCGCACAAGCCGAGCAACUAAUCAAAGACAAACUGGAGCGCGACGCACUGGCCCGCGCACAGGGGAGGAAAGCGUGGGACGACGACGACGAGAUACUCCCGGAGGCGAUGGUCGAUGACACGGACGGGGUCGACCCGGAGGCGGAAUACGCGGCGUGGAAAGUGCGCGAGCUGAAACGGCUGAAGCGCGACCGUGAAGCCCUGAUCGCGCGCGAGAAGGAACUCGAAGAGAUCGAACGCCGGCGCCACUUGACCGCCGAGGAACGCGAACGGGAAGACAGGGAGUUUCUGGAGAAGCAGCGCGAGGAGCGAGAGACCGACCGGCCCAAGGCCCAGUUCCUCGCUCGGUAUCACCACAAGGGCGCCUUCUUCCAGGGCGACGAGGCCGCCGAGAUCCUCAAGCGCCGAAAUGUCAUGGGGGCUCAGUUCGAGGACCAGGUCACGGAUAAAUCCGUUCUGCCGGAAUACAUGCGUCUCAGAGACAUGACCAAGCUGGGCAAGAAAGGCCGCACGCGCUACACCAAUCUCAAGGGUCAGGAUACGGGCCAGUUUGGCGACGAAGUCAAACGCUGGAAGGGCAGUGGUAGUGCAGGUGACGCAGGGUUUGGCAGUGGAGGUCUUGCAGGUGUUGAUGAGAGGUUUUUGCCUGAGGACCAGCGUGGUGGGGGGAGGCAGGGUCCCUCUGGCGCGAAUGCCACUGCAGUAGCUCCCAGGCAAGAAAGAGAUCGUGAGAAGCACAGGUAUCGUGAUGAUGAUGAGGACGAUGAUCAUCGUGCCCGGCACACAGAGAGGAACAGAGACAGGGAGAGGAACAAGGACAGGGACAGCUAUCGCGAGCGCGAUCGAAGCUACGACCGGGAUAGGACCAGCUACUCGCGGAAGAGGUCGUAUUCUGCCUCGAGAUCCAUUUCAAGAUCAAGGUCUCGCUCGCCACGACGGCGAAGAAGAGAUGCGGAUGACAGGUAUUGGGCCGGUGAGCGUCCAAGAGAAAAAGAGCGAGAACGCGCAUGA